AUGAUUGGUGGUGCUUUGGGUGCCAACAUAGUUGAGAUGCCAAUUUCAUGUGAAGAUGAGGAUGAUGUUCCUUUGUUACCAAAGUUUUCCCUGAUUUCGAGUUUGGGAGCAUGUAGUAGUAAACAUGAUGCUUCUGUUAAGAAGAAUACUACAGUUCCAGCUAAAAGGGUGUUAGAUAACAACAAUUACUCGCAUAGUUCUGUUAAGAAAUCCAAGGUGGAAUACUAUGCUUCGUCGGAUUUAAUUAAAAGGCCGGGUAAAUCAACUAAUGAUUGUUUUUCCUUGCUGAUGAAAGACCUUGAAUUGGUAGAAAACUCAUAUGAGGAAUGCAAAAUGAUGACAGAAGGAGAAGAGAAGAGAUUGCAGUCCAUAAAGAGAGAUAUUGAAGAAUGUAUGAAGGAUUUUGUAGUGAAGGAAGGGCAGGUCUAUUUGAUGGAGGAAUUGAUUGAAGAGCGCAAGAAAGAGUUCAAGGCAAAAGAGAUAGAACUCCAUCAAGUCAUUGAUAAGGACCUUGGAAGGAAGGAAGAGGAAGUCAAGGCUCUUGAGUCAGAAGAGAGUCAACUUGUUGGCCGAGUGGAGGAAUUUGAAUCAAUAAAGAAGUUUGAAGACCAACUGAAAGAGCUGGUGAAGGAACAUGAGCCGAAACAGAAGCAAUGUGAAGACCGGGUUAAGGAACUUGAUUCGAAACAGAAGCAAUGUGAUGGACGGGUGGUGGAGCUUGUGUCAAAGGAGAAGGGCUAUGAAGGACGAUUAAAGGAGUUGGAAUCAAGGGAGAAGAAGCUUGGAGAACAAAUAUGA